AUGUCUAUCGCAGUUCCAGUGUUUGGCUUAGUGACCAUUAUUCUCUCUCAACUCACUGCCCGCGAUGGCGACCCCCGGGAAUUUAUGAGAAACUGUCUGGAUGUUCUUCGGGAGUUUCAUUGGCAUCAUUACGAUUACGAUUCAGUCUUGGCGGUUAGACAAGUCCUGGAGGACACCUACUACAAUCCGAACCCAGAAGCUAGCAACGCACAACGCUUUUAUGAGAGCAUUCUCAUGUCACCAGGUAUAAAAAUAUACCCGGAUAUGCUCAAAUUCAUCGAAGAAACACCCGAGGAUGAAAAAGCACCCGAGAGGAGCCGUUACCCACACGAAUUAUCGGAUGAAUUUCGGUCACAGUUUCGCGCCCUAGGGAGAUUGAUAGAGGGCAACGGCCCAAGGAUACUGGUCAACGGUGCCAAAACUCACGUAUUUCCCCGCCGAGUCUUGGUUCCAAACUGGGUGAAUUUGACUAUUCUCUAUGCCACCAACCUAUUAUACACCCUUUCACGAUUGAUAGUCAUGGCAUUGGCACUCGCGAGUCUUCGUUCUAUGCCUGACCAGGUGUGCAUUACUACCUGGACAAAGAAUAUCCCCGCAAUUCAAUAG